AUGAAAGCUGCCGUUUUAUCCCUGCUCGCGGUCUUAACUCAGAGGGCUGCUACCCAUGCAACCUUCCAGGUCCUUUGGGUCGACGGUGUUGAUUACGGCGCCCAAUGUGCUAGAUUGCCCCUAUCAAACUCGCCUGUUACCGAUGUCGCAUCAAAUGACGUCCGAUGCAAUGCCAACAGCGGACCAGUCUCCCGGAAGUGCGUUGUAAAGGCUGGUUCGUCAGUUGUGGUGGAGAUGCACCAGGUUCGUUUCCAGCUACACAACGGACACUUGUAUCUUGAGCAAGACACUAAGAUUAAGUCACAGCAACCCAACGACCGAUCCUGCGCCCAAGAAGCUAUCGGAGGGGCGCACUACGGCCCUGUCUUGGCAUACCUGACCAAAGUCUCUGACUCGUCUUCCGCUGAUGGGUCUACAGGAUGGUUCAAGAUUUAUCAGGACGGAUGGUCUCGCAAAGCCGGCAGCAUCAACGGCGACGGCGAUAACUGGGGUUCGAAAGACAUGAACAACUGCUGUGGCAAGGUUCAGGUCAAAAUCCCCUCCGACAUUCCCGCUGGAGACUACCUCCUCCGUGCCGAGUCCAUCGCACUGCAUGCGGCGGGCUCAAGUAGCGGUGCUCAACUCUACCUGACCUGUUUCCAACUUACAAUAACUGGAGGUGGAAGUGCAUCUCCAGGGACCGUUUCGUUUCCUGGAGCAUAUAAGGCGUCCGACCCUGGACUGCUCAUUGACAUCCACCGGUCACUUACAAGUAACUAUGUUGUUCCAGGGCCCACAGUCUAUGCUGGCGGUUCAACUAAGAGUGCUGGAUCUGGAUGUGUUGGUUGUGAACAGACUUGCACUGCCGGUGCAGGACCUACGGGGACAGCAUCCAGUGUUCCUCAGCCAAGCAGCAGUGGGGGCCUCCCAGGAUGUACAGUUGCUAAGUAUGCCCAAUGUGGCGGCCAAGGCUAUACAGGUUGCACUAAUUGUGCUUCCGGCUCGACGUGCCAGGCAGUUUCACCGCCUUUCUAUUACCAAUGUGGUUAA